AGCCCUCUAAAAAUGAAGACAUUAAUGCUGUUUAAAUUAUUUUUUAUUUUACUUUUUGUUGUUUUAAUUAAUUCUCAUUAUGUCCACGAGCACCUUUCUCGAGGUGAAAAUAAUAAUAAUUGGCCAGAAAAGAGUUCGUAUGCAGUUGGACCGCAUCUUAGAGGUUGUUAUAGACCUGCACCGGAAGAAAUGCGGAAAGAAAUUAAAAUUACACCUCGACUUUAUGAAUUGGGGUACUUUGAUCCUCUGGAUUUGCCGGAGACUUGGGACUGGCGAAAUGUCAAUGGUGUAAAUUAUGUUUCUGCGGACAGGAACCAGCAUAUACCUCAAUAUUGCGGCUCUUGCUGGGCAAUGGGUUCAACCUCAGCCUUAGCCGACCGCAUAAACAUUAAAAGGAAAAAUGCCUGGCCACCAGCAUAUUUGUCAGUUCAAGAAGUUAUAGACUGUGCAAAUGCUGGAAGUUGUGAAGGUGGAGAUGUUGGGCCAGUUUAUGAAUAUGCACAUAAACAUGGAAUUCCACAUGAGACUUGCAAUAAUUAUCAAGCAAAAGAUGGACAAUGCGAUCCUUAUAAUCGUUGUGGAAGUUGUUGGCCGGAUAGAUGUUUUGAUAUCAAAAAUUAUACUCUCUACAAGGUGAAAGAAUUUGGGCCGGUUUCUGGAAUUAUUAAAAUGAAGGCAGAGAUAUACAAAGGAGGACCAAUUGCUUGUGGAAUUGCUGCUACCAAAAAGUUUGAUGAUUAUGCAGGCGGUAUUUAUAAAGAAAAGACUAAUGAAGAAAUCAACCACAUUAUAAGUGUUGUCGGAUGGGGAAAAGACGAAAACUCAGGAAUUUCUUAUUGGAUUGGCCGAAAUAGUUGGGGCACCGCUUGGGGUGAAAAUGGCUGGUUCCGUAUAGUAACCUCAGAAUAUCGAAAUGGAGGGAAUAAAUAUAAUUUAAAAAUUGAAGAAGAUUGUUAUUGGGCUGAUCCUGAAAUUUAA